GUGAGACUUUAAGUAGUUUUUAAUUCAUACACAAAAUUUUCACAAAGAGAAAAUAAAUAAAAAUGCAAACUUUAUUUUAGUUACAAUCAAAUUACAAUAUGUUAAUUUCAUAAAAAAUUAAUCUUUGUAGUUAUUCAAUCUAAACCCACUUAGAAAAUCAGAAGUUGGUGAAGGCUUAUGGGUCCAGCUGUACUCUUGAGCUAGAGAGAGAAAGAAAGAAGGAAGAGAUAUCUCUCUCUCUCUCUCCUCCUCUUUGGGUUUGGUUUGCUGUUAAUGUUUUUGUUGGUGUUUUGUUCUCAUUCUUCUAACUUAGGAAGAAAAAAGAAAAAGCUUUACUUUUUGUGAUCUUUGUUUGCAUUUGAAGAGGAAAAAAAGAAAAAGAUAAAAGAAAAAAGAAAAAAGGAGAGAAAUUUAUUUUUCAUUUUUGAAGUUUGAAGUUUUGAAGAACAAGCUCUCGAUCUGAGCUGAGACUCGAGCUUGUUUGAUUUUGAGUCUUUUCUUUUCUUUUUUUCUUGGUGUGUUCUUUCUAUGAACUUGUGAUAUAAAAUUCAUCAGAUGGACCGAAGUGGUGUAAGGUCUUCUAAUGCUCAAAGGGGUUUUCGAGUUCAAGCUCCAUUGGUGGAUUCUGUAUCAUGUUAUUGCAAAGUAGACGCAGGUUUAAAAACAGUUGCAGGGGCGAGAAAGUUUGUCCCGGGAUCAAAACUCUGCAUCCAGCCCGAUAUCAAUCCAAAUGCACAUAAGGGAAAGACUUCACGAAGAGACAAAAGCCGGUUCCAGGCACCUCUCCUGCCUGGCCUACCCGAUGAUCUUGCAAUUGCUUGUCUAAUCAGAGUCCCCCGAGUCGAGCACAGAAAGCUUCGCCAAGUCUGCAAGAGAUGGUACCGCCUUUUGGCUGGAAAUUUCUUUUAUUCUCUAAGGAAAAGCCUUGGAAUGGCAGAAGAAUGGGUUUAUGUUGUCAAAAGAGAACGUGAUGGGAAGAUCUCUUGGCAUGCUUAUGAUCCUACUUACCAUAUUUGGCAGCCACUUCCACCGGUACCAGGAGAGUAUUCUUAUGCACUCGGUUUUGGCUGUGCUGUUCUUAGUGGUUGCCAUCUUUACUUAUUUGGAGGGAAAGAUCCUCUCAAAGGAUCAAUGAGGCGCGUUAUUUUCUACAGUGCUCGAACAAACAAAUGGCAUAGAGCACCAGACAUGCUUCGCAAGCGCCAUUUCUUUGGUGCUUGUGUCAUCAACAACUGCUUAUACGUUGCUGGUGGGGAAUGUGAAGGAAUCCAAAGAACUCUUCGUUCGGCUGAAGUUUAUGAUCCCAACAGAAACCGUUGGAACUUUAUUUCAGACAUGAGCACUCCUAUGGUGCCUUUUAUUGGGGUUGUUCAUAAUGGAAUGUGGUUCCUCAAAGGUUUAGGUAACCACCGCGAGGUAAUGAGCGAGGCUUACUCCCCCGAAACCAACACAUGGAGCACGAUUAGCGAUGGCAUGGUUUCUGGUUGGAGAAACCCUUGUGUUUCUAUGAAUGGGGAACUAUAUGCUUUGGAUUGUAGAGAUGGAUGCAAGGUUAGGAUCUAUGAUCGAGCUACGGAUUCAUGGAACAAAUUUAUCGAUAGCAAGCUCCAUUUAGGCAAUUCGCGAGCAUUGGAGGCUGCUGCGCUUGUGGCCUUGAACGGGAAGCUUUGCAUAAUCCGUAACAACAUGAGUAUUAGUAUAGUGGAUGUUUCGAGCCCCGAUAAACAUGUCGAAAGCAACCCUCAAUUGUGGGAAAAUAUUGCUGGGAGAGGUCAUUUUAGGACUCUAGUAACUAAUUUGUGGUCGAGUAUAGCCGGUCGAAGUGGUUUAAAGAGUCACAUUCUCCAUUGUCAAGUUCUACAAGCAUGAUGAAAUUCAGGUAGAAAAAACCGAAAUUCCUUUCGUUGUAGAAGAGAUUUCGAUGUGAAAAAAAACUAUUUUGAGGGUUGAUUUUGUCUGUUAAAUCUCUAUUUGAGGUUAUUUGUUUUACAUUCAUGAAAAAGGAAAAAAGAAAUAUGAGUAGAUACAUGUAAAUCUUUGUUACUUGUUGGAAAAAUUAGGUUGAGAUCUUUCUUUUGUUGUUGGUUUUAUAUUUAUGUUGGUAGAAGAAUAUGUAAUCCUUAGAAUAUGUUUUUUGUGAAUAUAUACUUAGGUUUAAUCUCUGCA